UUAAUCCACCAUGGCGGACCCAAUCACCUCUUCAAUAGAGAUCGGCAUCUCAGUCGUCAAAGCCGGUGCAAGUAUCGCGACAUGGUGGGAAUUGCGCCAAAGGAACAAACGUGAAGAAGGACAGGGCUCAAGCUCGAGUGGAAGAGGCGCCGGCGUAGAUGAGAUCUACUUGGUCUUCGCCUCUUUGGGCCAACGUUUGAUGGCGCUUGACGUGAUCAAUUACGAUGCUUUGCCACAGGCCCUCGCAGCUGUCAAGGUUGCGAUGGACAUUUCCGAGGAUGCUCUCACUUUUGAGUUGGAGCGUCUUGAUCCCAUUCUUCAGUAUCUCAUUGCUUGCGCCUUCAUGUUCUGCGCGGCUUGUCAUCCCAUGCCUAUCUACUACGGAUAUGGCUGCGGAGUUAUGAACGACACAAACUGGAGCAACCCUGAGAACCCGACCUAUUGGAAUCUAGACAUCGACCAGGCCAUAGCCUAUCUGAAGAGUGUCCCUCACCCUUUUCAAUUGCUCAAGAAAUCGCCUUCUCGCAUUGGACACAGCGAACCGUACUAUGAGAAGUAUGACAAGAAAACUUUGAAAGCCGAGGCUGCGGUUGUUGCGGAUAUCUUCAAACAGAUUGAGAAAGUCGGAUAUCCACAGCCACUACCGCCAAACGACGGAAUUCGCAUCAAUACAUGGAGUAUGCCCUUUGCUACGUAUGGCGGUUCAGUCAUUUAUGCCAACGUCGGCCACGACACUUCACCCAUCAUGACUUGGCAGCUGGACCCCGGGCGGUUUCUGUACGCGUGGACUAUCGGCGAGCGUGCUGACCUCCGACCCGGAGAGGCAGUUUUGCUGCAGGAUGAGCAUAUUGGGGCGUUGGCAUCUUGGCUAGAGGGGUUGAAUGGAGUCACUUUUAAGGUGCUUUUGGAUUCAGACCUUGACUGGUCUAAAAUCAAGCUCAAGUCCUCAACGAAAAAGUUUUGUAUGGCACAAUCUGGGAAUGAGUACAAUAUCAGAGGUAUCCCCGAUGUUAUUGUGCGGAAUCCUGAUCCGACGGCACUUUUGGCUGCAAGACUUGAUACGCUUCACAUGGUGUCGGUUUCGGUGCCUUUUACCACAGCGAAGGAACAAGCUACGACUCCACAAGCAACAUCAUGUCCUACUCCUAGCUCUCCUCAAUCACCUAGAGUUUUCAGCUCUCCACCUGCAUCACCACAAUCACAGUCUACUAUGUCCCCAUCAUCAAUGCCAGCAAAAACGGCCCAGACCGAGUCUCACCAAAAACCCCAAGUCCAAGCGACGUUACCUUGGGUCGAUCCUACGCCAAUGACACAAAUCAGCCCCCAGGCUUCUAUACCACACAAUGCUGCCUCGGAUCCUUUCACUCCUCUUCCAACAGGAUGGGAGUGUCGACUAACUCCGGAGGGACAGAUUUAUUACGUCAACCACAACGAUCAAACCACGUCAUGGACUAAACCUAUCGCUCCCGCACUUGCUUCGCUGCCACCUGGAUGGCAGGAAAUGCACACACCAGAUGGGAGACCCUACUACGUCGACCACAAUACCCAAACUACGUCUUGGGACCGACCACCGCCUACUGAGCCAACUCUGCCGACUUAUCAGUCCGUCAGUGCAAGGAAGCCUGUUUCUCUCAGUACGGCGAGUACCAUGUCCAGCAUGCCCACUUCUGAUAAGCGCUCAUCUAUGAGCAUGCAGUCAGAGGCUACAACAAUCGUGAGCAAUUCUCAACAAAGUCGUGUCAAGCUGAACAACUACUCCAACCCUUGCCCUCAAAGACCGCGACAAUUGCUCAACCCUUAUUUAUAUCCCGCACAGGGCAAGACGGCGUGCUGGGUAGUAGAUGUUCCCGUUACACCCGACAUUUAUCAAAAGCUACCAGCUGAUCAAUAUGAGACGUCAUACAUCAGACAUACCGCCCUCGCAGGUCAAGCUACAGAUCUCCAAAAGCUAGACUAUUCACCCCGCCAAAGGGGUCGCACUGAGCUUGUCAUCGGCUUGAAUUUGCACAAUGAGUCAACGUUUAAGCGCGAGGUCAUCAAUGCCCAGUUGAUAAAGUCUCUCGGAAGCAUCUUAGAAGUACUACGAACACACUCAUUUUCGCGGGAGUUCAAUGAAAGAUGCAACGGCUCGCCGCUGUCUGGGAUUGUUGUUUGCAUUUUGAUUCACCAAGAUCGCAUGAAAGAUGUCCCAUGGCUGCGCCAGACUGGCAUCAGCUUCUUCUGGGAUAUUCCUUCUUCCGUACCUAUUAGUGACAGUAAGAAGGGCAAUGGCCAAUUCUACGACGAUGCUCACAAAGCCACCCGCAAGAUCCUCGGUAAAGAAGUAAAAUUAAAUCUAAAUGAGUACACGACCACCUUCCAUCUACAAGACUGGGAACGAAGUCAUGGACUAAUGCCCGAUGUCGUCUCUGGUGCAGAUCCAGUACAAGUUGUGCUAUGCUCGACAUAUCGCUCAUGGACAGGAUCUUACGCUGCAGACUCUUUGAAGCAUGUUUGCAACUUACUCGAUGCCAGAUUGUGUAUUUCUGUGCCAGGUGGAACGACUAUUACCGGUACUUCCCUUGAGAAACAAUGGCAGCUUUCACAAUACAGGAGGAAACCAGCUGAGUCAGGGCAAGAUGCCCAUUGCGAGGAGUAUAUAGGAUGACUGGAUAUGAGGCAGCAGUCAGUCGCAUUAAAACUGGAAGCAAACACAGACUUGAAUAUAAUACAGAGCAAUAGAGAAAAGUUCAUCCUGACACAACGGUCAACUCGUGUUAUCAUGACAACGUGAUUCGAUUUCUAAUCGCUCUCUUCAUACAUUACAUAAAAUACAUGCAGACAUGAGUACCCAAUAGAAAGGACAGUUCUACGAUCAUCCAACAUCAUGGGUAUCUCCUAAAACCCAAAACGAACUGCGGAAACACCAGAUCCUCCGCUCACUCAUUGCUUUAGCGUCUUUGACUUCCGACUCAACUUCCACGAUGACAGCUUGUUCGACCAUUUGGACGCAGAGGAGUCAGAUUUACUUCUCGUCGCCGGUGGCGGAACUUCCAACGAGUCUUGUCUCACGUCACCCGGUGCAUUGCCCUCAAGUUCAGGCGGUUGAACGUGAAGCUCGACAAGUUUGUUUGCAAGUGAAGGACCAAUUUGUGCGGUUGUUCCUGAAGUGUUUGAUGCCAUCGAAACAUGUCCUUCUUUUGCGCCGACUUCAGUUGAAUCGAGCUCAAGAAGUGGUAGCCGAUCAGACUUCUCGUCUGACUUUGGUAAUUGCGAGUAGUCGACAUCAUCGCCAGGCAGCUCUGAUAUUGUGGGUGCGGCAUCCAUCUCGACAGGUCCUCCUGGCUGCAAGUCCAGACCGACACUAGAAGGGCUUCGCAGAGAAGUGUAGUCUGGUGGGUUGCCAAAACGAUUGCUAUAGAUGAUCUCUUCAAUAGAUGAUCUCAGCUUGUUGAACUUGAAGCCAAUGUUGACCUUCUUCAGUGGAAUGAGAUGGUCCAGUUCAUCGUGAACUUGCUGCUGUAAUCGCUUCUCUUUCCCAUUGAACGUCGUUAUUGUUGUCUUCGAGUAGUAUUUCGCUGCAUCUUCGAUCUGCUUGAUAGAAACAUAUUUUCCAUCGUAUCUAAACGACCGCUCGAGGAUAAGAAUCAUAUCGCACGAGCACUUGAGCAACAUCCUCGCUGUAGGAGGAAGUCCCAAAAGACAGCCCGCCGCACCAACAAUGAUACCAAUUCCCAUAGUCGGGACCGCAGCACCAACCGAAAUAGCACUAACAGCCGCAAACUGCGACAGAGAAACCCGGAGGUACUGCUUAAAGUUGCUCAUGACGAUAUCCGACAUGAUCUGCUCGAUCUCUGCUGGCGCAGCUUUGGGAAAGCCGAAGCAUUGGAGUACGUGCUCGCAGAUGAGGCGUGAGACGGUCGGUGUUCCGACCAACCCUGUGCAGGGGAGGGGAACGGCGGCAGUGCGGAUUGCAUGGGUUCCUAGUCUCAUACACUCUGUUAUCGCUGAGUUGAUCUUCUGUUCAACAUCAACGACUUGAGCGGCAACACAGAAGAGACGUACGCGUUCGUC